AUGGAAUCCAAAGAACAGCAAGCAUUCCAAGAAAUCCUUACAACCUGCACAUCUCCCAUAUCCCAGCCUUCUGAUUCAACUCCUCAGCCCAACCCGCUUGGUCAUAUAUUUUCCAGAAUAAAAUACCUUAUAGAUUCUCGUUCCUCCCUCAUCCCUCGUCUCAAUAACAUAUCAAUUUAUAAGUUUAUCAGGCAUUUUCUUAAUGAUCGUGACAAAGAGAUCAGAGUUUCUGCACUUCGUACCCUCCGAUAUCUCGCACUAUCUGAAGAAUCUAUGAUAACAAUAAAAGAAGCCCGAGUGGAACAUUUUAUAGUUCGAGCUUUUGAAUCAGAAGGGAGAUCUCAAGAACAGUCCCAAGCCAUUAUUUUAAGAAAAAUAUUAAAAAAAAUAAAUUAUUAUAUGUUCUUAUAAGCAAAUUAUUUUAAAUAUAUAAAAAGCUUUUGAAUAAAAAUUAUAAGAUAGACUCAAGAAAGGAUAGAAGCUUGCAAGCUUAUAAAAAGAUGACUUGAAAUUUCACCUAAAAAUUUCCCUAAAGGCUUUAUUAACGCACUGAUAGCUUUAAGUGAAAUAGAAAAUGAUGAAUUAAGAGAAUUAGCAAUAGAAGCCCUUCGUCUAUUAAGUAUAUCAAAUACUUUGAUUGUAGCUUGAAGCGGCGGAUUUAGAGUUCUUAUUAAUUGUGUAUUAGAUUUAAAAUGCCCUCAAGCAUUGAGUGAAAAUAUUGUUUUGACAUUUUUAUGCCUUGUUUAAAAUAUCAUUAUUUCUAUAAAAAAUAUAAUCAAGCUUUUCUCUUUAAAAAUUAGCUCAUAUCAGCAAGUAAACCAUUCAAAAUCUCUAUCAUCAAGUAUAUAUAUAAUUUCCCUAUAAAUAUCCUAUAUAAAAUUACAGCCAAAACCUAUCAGCAACCCUUUAAAAAAAAGUAUAUUUAUUAAACGAAAAGAAAACACGAGUAUUUUUAAGAAGAGAAAAAGAAAUCGCACGGCUUCUAGCAGUCUUCACUGAUCAAGACAGCGGACUCCGAGAAAACGAACUUGAAGCCCAGAUUAAAUUAGCUAGAAGAGCUUUAGUUUUAAUGUCUAGAAGUUGGGUAGGAUUAAUAUUUUUAGCAUCAGGAGGAUUAAAAGAAGUUAUCGAUAAUUUGCGCCAGCCUAUAAAGCAGCUUAUAAAAGAAGGGAUUUUGGACACAAUAACAGAUAUGCUAAAUAUUCCUAUUGAAAGCAGCUCAAAAAGCCAAAAUUUGUUAAAUAAUUAUCUUGCAAUGCUGCUUAGAGCACUAUUGCAUUGCAACCUUUACCCAGCAUUAACUCAGCUUUCUAUGGACAGAAGUGACAGAAUUGCCCAUAGAGCUAGAAAAUUGUUGAAACUUGUAACGAAAUCUGCGUCUGAUUUAUUGCCUGAAGCGCCGCAGUUUCCAUUGAUUUUGAAUUCAAAUGCCUCAGGAAAGGCUGCAGAGGUCGUGGCGGAUAUUGAUUCUUCUGCAAGGCUGCAAAAGGAGUCUGAUAAUAGAAAUUUGGUAUUCUAAUAUAAAUAGUAAUUUAUAUAUAUAUUUAUAAUAAAUUUUUUAAAAUUCAUGAUUAAUUGUGAGAGAAUAUAUUCUGCUUGUGAAUUUGUUAGCUAUGAAAACAUGGGCGGCGCUUCUAGUGUCAAUUGGGUCCUCUCCAGCAUUUACAAGCAGCAUGCCAUGAAUAUGAUCAAUGACAGCAUUUUUACAGAUUUACUCAACAAAAGCCAAAUUGUGAGAGAGCCAGCAAAAUGGGACUGAGACGUCAUUUAUGAAAUUGUAGCAGGUCCAAUCUCAACCCCAGAGCGUUUUCAAACCGCUUUAAAGUUCCGUUUCCUUAAAUUCCUCCUGGGCUACUUCAUGCCUAGCCGCAACUUAUUCCCUCUUCUCCCAUGGCAUACCUCAAAUUUUAUUAAAGCUCGUGUCGGCAGUCUACUAAUCCCUCUAUUACUUUCCCAAGAAGACGGAAUCCAGCUCCUCACUACGACCUUUUCUGAAAGUUUUUUUGUUAUAAGAAAAUCCUUUAUGUCUGAACUAGUUGACGCCUUAGACGAAGAAAUAAAAGCUAUGGAAACCAACAAAUCAGGGAUCGGGCGCAUUUUAAGCCCAGAAAAAGUCAGAGGAUUUAUGACUCGAGAAUACUUCAAAUGAAUUGGCCAAUUUACUAUGUUCAGAGGCGGCAGAAAACUUAUAAAAACAUAUGGAAUUGAUGCAAAACUUAUGAAAUUAGGCGGAGUUGAACAUCUGAGCCCAAUUUUGCUGCCCCAUUUGGAUUAUCGUGAACAAAUGUCGAGAGAUUUCUUAUCAUUUGCAAUGCAAGCGAAAAGUGUCAGUGUGAGGAAACAUGCGAUGGAGCAUUUAAGGGUGCUGUUUAGGGCUGGAAUUUUUGAUUUAUCGUGGGCUAUUAGGGAGCUGGUAAACCAACUUUAUUGUCCUGACCAAGACACUAUAAGCUGCGCAUUGUCAGUCAUUGAUGAACUGUGCCAGGAUAAAGAAAACUUGAAAACUUUUAUAGAAACAGGCCCACAGACAUUGACAAGACUGGGGGAAGAAGGAAAUAAAUGCUUGAUUCGCUUUCUUUCAAGCUCGUCUGGGGUGUCUUAUUUGUCACAUUUAGAUUUUAUUGAAAAUGAGCUACAAAAAUGGCAUCAGAGAGGAAAUUUGGAUUAUGUGAGGACUAUUGAACAAAGGAUUGAAAUGGGAUUGAGUGCGACAAAAAAGACUUAUUCGUUGACAUUGCCGACUCCUCCUGCAUAUCUUCAUUCAGAAAGACUUGAAGCUGCCUGAAUUCGAAGUUUGCCAUUUUCGAUCACAGUCAGCAUUAUUCUUUUUCUUAUAAAUAAUUAUUUUUUUUUUAAAAAUGCAUAAAAAAGUCUAUACCAAUUUACAAUAAAUAAAAAAAUACCUAUAGAUCAGCCAUUAUUUACUAUAAAACAGCUGAUUAUAGGAAUAUUUGAUAUAGAUCUGUAUAAAAAAUUCCAAAAAAAAUAUAAUAAUUCAAUUACAAAGUCUUUUGAUCCAAUUAUUGAGGUAGAAGAUGACGAUGUUUACAUGACAGCUAAAAUAGAAAUGGAAAAUCCUAGUGAAUGCAUGAUAAAUGAAGAAGAUUCUAUUAAUAUUUCUUUAUUGCUAGGAAACUAUUUUAUCGACGCUAAAGGACAGGAAAGCUUAGAACCAGACUGGGUUAAUUGUAAUAAAGAAGACAGGCAACGGGAACAUUAUGGAGAAACACUGCUUGUAGAAAAAGACGGAAUUAUCUUUAAAUUUGAUGUAAUAAGGCCUGGAAGAUUUAUGCUGAACCGAAUAAGCUAUAGGCUCCUUUGUGUUCCAAGGGCUGCACCUACUAUGCUUUUCCCUCGACACUUGUAUGGAGAAUUGGUAAAAACCAAGCUUGGGCUUAAAAAACUGAAGGAUUCCAGACAUAUUGAAGAAUUAUUAGCCAAAUUAACGUCGGAUGGGCCUAUAAUAGAAAAAAGAGCUGCUUUAUGGGCACUUGGGCAUACUGGCUGUACAGAAAGAGGAGUCACAUAUUUGACUUCACUUAGAGCUAUAGGGACAAUGAUAAAUAUCGCUGAACAAAGCCCAGUUCUCUCAUUGCGAGGCACUGCAUUUCAAGCUGUUUCUUUAUUAGCUAAAUCUCAGCUCGGCAGAUCUGAGCUUGCUAAGCAUGGCUGGGCUAGUCCUGUUUCUAUGCAAGCUACCAUAGCAAUGCCACUUAAAGCUGAAGCUAUUUUUUGGCUCGAAGACGAAGAAAAGACCCCAUUUUACUCUGAUAAAUGCCUAGAAGCUGAAAAUGUGCUUGAUUCAAUUGACCUGAAUGAAGAAGAAAAAGAGGUUCUAAACCAUGUAAUAGGCCUAGGAAGUGUAGUAAACAGAAGUGAAAGCGAACAAUUUUUAAGAAAUAAACGAAUGCAGUCCCCAAACAUUUUUCAGUCAAUUCCACUUUUCCAUGCUACUAUGACGAUUAUUGCUGCAUAUACUUUUAAGAUGUCUGCGAGAAAAUUAGUUCAUAAGCUUUUUGAAAGGAUUUAUCGUUCACAAGAAAAUCUGAAAGAAUUGGAUGGGCUAGUUUCUUUGGUGUAA